AUGUUUUACCCCGACGACUUCAAUAACAAGGACAACCUCGAGGGCCUGAUCAGCCCAACCCCGCGCAAUGAGUUCUCCCCCCGCCCCAAACAAACAAACAAUCACCACGGGAGCUUCUCCCAAUAUGCCGUCUCCCAGCAGCCCGGCCCCUACCGCGUAAUCUAUGCCAAGGACAAGACGGAGUAUAGGUCCAGUUUCGACGUCAUUUACCACGAACCCACCAAGACUGGUGGCGACGACAGCAACGUAUCCAUGACUUCCUACCGUGGGAGGCAGCACCGGAGCGGCGGCAGCGAGAUGCCCGCGCGCAGGGCCAACACUUCUGACACUUUAUCUGAGAGGCAACACCGCCAGAGGAGCAGGCUCACUUGGACAUUUGUGCUGGCCGUCACCGCCAUUUUCCUCAGCGUCGUUGUCACCCUGCAAAUUCUGUCGUCCUACGCCAAAGCCUCCAUAGCGGCGCCAGCGGAGAUCCUCACCUUCAUUGAGGCCGUCGAUUCUUCUGUCGAGGAGAAUGAGAGCUAUGAUCGGGAUGUGUUACGCGUGCAGCGUCUCGACGACAAGCUGCGCCUCGGCCGGCUGCUCCGGGAAAUCCAGAGGGGAGGUGACGAUUUGCGAGAGGAACUCAACGGCCUGUUAAUGAGCGAAAGUGGAGACCUCACAACCGGCGGUUACAGCGAUCUCCGAGAUCUGCGGCUGAGAGCUACCGCACGCCUGCUCUGGGCCUCGAAGCGCAAGAAUCUCGAGGACAAAGUGCGCAGACUAGAUAUGCUUCGUAUGCGCUUCCUUGUGGCCUAUAUGGGCCUCGUCUCAGCUGGCCGUGUCAAGAAAUACUCGUCGAAAUUCUCGGAGAAGACUACUUCUUUCGCGAGCACGAAUGGUGCUCCGCCGCCUCCACCGCCACCUUUACCACCGGCGCUGCCCCUUGGCGUAAACUCGGCGCUCAAGAAGAAGAUGUCACGGCGCCGGCUGAGCCGCGCGGCAGCCAUGGGACGCGGGGACAACAUCGACGGAAGUCGCAAGCAGGGCUGGGCAGGGGUCAUCCGGGAGCUACAGCUGUCACCGCUGCUCCAGAAGCGUCAUGCACACGCCAGCAUUGGGAAGGCCAUGUCGCCCAUCAAGUCGCAUUUCAUGGUGCCAGAACCGCCAUCGCAUCGCGACCCGACACAAGCUGACCAUUGUCAGUACGAGCAGCAGAAAGAGAAGUUUCCGGAUUUUAGGGGGUAG